AUGAAGAAAAUUCUUCAGUUAGUUCAUCCCCUUCUUCCGUCGGAAGUCAUGGCUUCCGAAAUUAGCAUCGUUAAGUCGAUGCAACAAGAAAGGUUUCCCAAUGAGCUUCGUAAAUUGUCUCAAACUUCUAAUUCCUUCAAACGGGGAACUAGUUUCGAUAACUUGGCUCCCUUCAUAGGAGACGAUAAGGUUAUCCGUGUGGGUGGACGUUUAAACAAGUCUCAGCUUCCAUACAAUCAAAGGCAUCCGAUUCUUUUGCCUCAGAACCAUCAUAUUACAGACUUGAUUAUUCGUCCGACUCACCUUUCCAACCUUCACGCUGGUAUUUCAACCACUCUCUAUGCUGUUCGCAAUAAAUUUUUCAUCUUGAAUGGAAAAAAUCAAGUUAGGAGAGUCAUUCGACGUUGCGUAGAUUGCAUUCGUCAAAAACCACCGAUAGCUCAUGCGCAAAUGGGAAAUUUGCCGGAGCCUCGAGUUUCAGAAUCCCCUGCCUUUGAUCGUACAGGGGUCGAUUUCUUUGGUCCACUUCUCAUCAAGGAGAAAGCUCAUCGUAAUAAGUCCUUCCUCAAGGUGUAUGGCUGUGUUUUCGUAUGCUUAGCAUCAAAGGCCGUUCACAUCGAACUAGCUCUCGAUUUAUCCGCUCAAGGUUUCUUAGAUGCCUUUGAUCGUUUUAUAUGUCGUCGAGGUCUCCCUAGUCACAUGUAUUCUGACAACGGUACCAAUUUUGUGGGAGCAAAUCGUGAGCUUCAGGAACUCUACGAUUUGUUAGAAAGCCCGGAAUUCCGCAAACAAGUGGGAGAAAAUAGGAUUGCGAAACGUGUGGAGUGGCACUUCAACCCUCCUUUAUCACCACAUUAUGGGGGUCUUUGGGAAGCGGCCGUUAAGAGCUUCAAACAUCAUUUGAAGCGCGUCCUAAAUCAACAGCUCACUUAUGAGCAACUAGAAACCUUUCUGAUAAAAAUUGAAGCGAUCUUAAACUCGUGA